GAAUUGCAUCGAAGCCUAUUCUGUGCAAAAUUCAGCCUACCUAUUCUGAGCAACUCCAGUCCCAACCAGCUAUGCUACCAAACCCAGCAUCUCUUUCCCAAAUUGCCGUUGAACCCAUUUCCUCCCUUUCCUCUGCCGCACGGCUAUUCUUAGCACAAAUUCGGCGCAUCUGUCCUGAGCAAUCCCCAAUUCCAGCUGCAAAAAGUUUGGAUUUUCCAUGAUUUGAGCGAUGGGUUUUGUGGCUUCAUUCUUUAAGCCAGCAGGUCAGCUGCUACUCCUGCAGCCGCUUCAUUUGCUGACCGUUCACAUGGUCUUUGUACUUCAGAGCAAAAGAAUUGGGUGCAGGUCAACUGCUUUGCUUACACUAGCUGUUUUUCCCUCUUUCUCUGAUAUCCAAUUAACCCAUUUCUGUAUCAAUUCCGUCUCAUGUUGCCGAAUUCUUGGAGCCCCACGUGAUAGUUGUACUUCCGAGGAGUGAAAUGGGGAACUUUUUGUUAGUUAUGCUGCGAAGUAGCGUUCCUAUCCACUUAGCCUGUGCCUUUUCCAGCGGCUGACGAAAUGGGAUGCACGUAUUUAACAGUGCAUCGUGCUGCCUCCUCUGCUUUGUGAGCUGCAAUCAAAAUCCUCCGAGCCUUUACACCUUGUUCUUUGGAGCCUCUCUGGUUCCUUUUGCUGCGGUUCCUUCGACCAACCUUUUAACUUGAAGACUUAUCCCUGACAACCAAGCCUGGGAGUGGCCUUCUGAUUAAUCCUCCCACUUCUGAAGCAAAUGCACUCAAAGAUUGGUAUAAUGCAAAUAAAGAAGAAAUUGCAGAAUUGAUACAACAAAUGGCAUACAAAGAUUCAUCUAAGCUGCUGCCACCUCCAAGUUCUAAAGACAUCAUCAGUGUAGCCAAUGCACUCAACACACUCAAAGAUGUGAAAACAGCUUGGAUAACCGGCAAAAUCAGCUUGUCCCCUGGACAACAAAAAUUCUGGUUUGAAGCAUGUGAGAACUGCCAAAAGUCUAUCAAUGUUGACGUAGGAUGGGUUAUGAGAUGCUCAUCUUGCAAAGAAGAGAGCAAAGUUAUAGCAAGGACCCGAGUUGGGAUUGCUGUUGAUGAUGGUACGGGCUCCAUAAAUACCGUUAUCUUUGGCCUUGAUGCUGAAAAGCUUAUCCCAUUUACAGCACUUCAAUUCUGGGAAGCUCAUACUGAGGAGCUUAACUUUUCUGCUGAACUAGCAUCUGCACUUGGAAAGCAUGCAAUUGUGUGUUUCAUUCGCUACUAUGAGUCAGAUUAUCAAGGCCAAAAGGAAGGCAAGUAUAAUAUUGUCAAGGCAUACACUGCUGAGGAAUCAGCUCACAUUCCAAUGGCCAUCACAACUGCAGAAGCCAAUGAAAUAAUUCCAGACCAGCAAGCUACUGUCCUGCAGCCUACCAAGAAGACUGAAUUUUUCAGUCCAUCAACCAAAAAGAUCCUUGAUGCCAUUGCUGAAUCAUCUACUGCUGCAAAUGAACUGCCGCCUGCAGUGACAACAGCAAAGAGGGCCUUGGUUUUUGGAACUGUGCCUCCUGGAAUUGGUUUGGAUUCUGCUGAAGCUAAUACACCUACCUUGCUGUCCACCAAUGCACCUGGAAGUCCAUUGAAGAAGCAGCGUGACGAUGAACUCUGAACUUCCUUGAAGCCUUUUGAAUUCUUCAUUUUGCUAAUGUUAAAACACUUUACAGCUGCAUUAAUAUUGACAUCCAUUAAGAAAUUGUUCUUUUGUGCACCUUAAUGGAUCUCAAUAUGUGAUCUUUUGUAAUUGCAGCCUAUGAUUGCACUUUAUAUUUGAAGAUGUUAAGCUAUUUAUGAAACUACUUGUCAACCUUUUGUCAUCUUCUUUUAUCUGUUGCAAUACUAAUGAUUGGUGAUGUUUUGUUUA